AUGAAAAAUCAUGAAGAAUAUUUUGAUAAUUUUCCAUUAUAUAAAUUUCAUUUAAGUCCAUGUUGGUAUGAAUCAAAAGAUUCAUCUAUACAACGUUUAGCGAAUCGUAUACCUACUCAUCCAUUACUUGGUGUUCGUCAAUUAAAUGAUCAAACAAGUGCAACAUGGAAAAGUCUUAUUAAUAUUAAUUUACCACAACAUGCUUUCUUAAAAGAUCAUAAAAUUCAAGAUGCAAUUCUUUUUCCAGCAGUUGUUUAUCUUGAACUUGCAACAGCUGCUUGUCAACAAUUACUUUCAUCAAAAGAAGAUGAUCAACAACAACAACAACAACCAACAAUUAUUUUUGAAGAUAUUAAUUUUACUAAAGCACUUAUUCUUAAUGAACAUGAAUUGAUAGAAGUAUUUACACAAGUAAUUAUGCCAAUGCGUGAAUGGUAUAUUUAUAGUCGACCAUGGUCAACAGCUGGUCCAGAUUGUAUGCGACCAUCAGGUAUGACUUGUACUGAUGUUGUUGAAUCUUUUCGUGAUCAAAAUAAUCUUAAUAAAUAUUCAUUAAAUGAAUUUACUUUACAUGCUCGAGGUAAAAUUGAAAUAGAUUUUAAAGAACAAAAAUCAUUAACAAUACCUCCUCUUAAUACAAUUAAUGAUACAUGGUCAACACAAGAUAUAGCAAGUGCUUAUGCACAUCUUUCAACACGAGGUUAUCAAUAUGGAUCUAGUUUUCAAAAAAUAAAAACAUUACGUGGUACUUCAACUACAGCUAUAUCUGAAUUAUCGAAUGAUGACGAUACUGAUUGUUCAUCUUUUUAUUUACUCCAUCCAUCUGUAAUGGAUUCUGCUUUUCAUCCAUUUCUAGUUUUAUUACCUGGUAUUGAAACAACAUUUCUUCCAGUACGUAUUCAAAAAUUUAUUUAUUCAAGUAAAACAAAAACAAAGAUGAAUCAAUCAACAAAUGUUGAAGUACGUGGAAAGUAUCAUGAUAAUAUAUGUGGUAUAGGUCAAGAAGGAACAUAUAGUCUUGAUUUAUGGACAUUUCCAAUGGAUAAUAAAAUCGAAGAACCAAUAUUUACAUUUGAAGGUGCUGUUAUUCAACAAGUUCAAGGUGCACAUUCUGGUCGAUGGUCAAUGGAACAAACAAUAUAUGAUAAAUUAAAUAUACAAACUGAUUUACCUAAUACUGAUCAUAAAACAUAUUUAAAUACCAUUGUAAAAGAUUAUUGUAUGAAAAGAGUAUGGACUGAUUCACCAAUAACAAAAGAUAUAUCACAUUUACUUCCAUCACCUAAUCAAAUUCUUAAUAAUGAACUUAAUUCUAAUAGUAAUCAAGAUUUAAUUGAAUCAAUAGAACCAUUUAAUGAAUUAGCUGCUUAUUAUGCUCAAAUGGCAAUUAAAGAUCUUAAUUUAAAUCAACAACAUCAUCCAUUAUUAAAUGCAUGUCGUUCUCUUGCGUCAACUUUACAUUCAAAACAAGUAACAUGGCAUUCAACACAACUUCGUCUUAUUCAAUUAAUUGAACGUUUUCCUCGUUUAAAACCAUUUUUAAUAGCAUUAAACAAAUAUGGUUCACAUUUAAAAGAUAUUCUUAGUGGAGAAAAAAAUGGAUUAGAUAUAUUUGUUGAUGAUGAGGAAAUUGCACAAACUUUUCAACAAGUUAAAACUCUUAUAAGUGCAAUUAAAACACAACAAAUUUUUCAUUCUAUUUGUCAACAUUUACAAUUACAAUAUGAACAAACUAAAGAUAAUUCAUUUGAAAGUUAUCGAUUACGUAUAUUUUGGUUGACUGAUAGUGAUUGUUCAGAUGUUUUACCUAUUCUUGAUCUUCUUCUUAAUUUAUCACAACAAACAGGUUUAUUAAUUGAUUUACAUUAUGCAGAUUCUGAUCCAAUACAACUUGCAAAUGCUCAACAAACAUUUAAUACACAUCUAACUAAUCAAACAAAAAAUUUAUCUAUUAUUUGUGAUGAAACAAUUGAUUUAUAUGAUAGUAAAACACUGGAAAAAAUUCCAUUCGAAUCAUUUGAUAUUAUAUUAUCUGCAAAUCAACUUCUAGGAAAUCAAGAUUUGACAAAAAAAAAUUCUUUAAUUUCUCUUCGUCGUUUACUUGUUCCUAAUGGUCUUCUUUUAUUACUUGAAUUAGUUCAUGUUCCUCUUUAUUUUGAUCUUAUUUUUGGUUUUUUUGAUCAAUGGUGGUCAUCUGAUAAUAAUAAUCGUUCAUUAAAUAAUAUUCAGCAAUGGACAACAUUAUUGGAACAAAUCGAAGGAUUUAAUAUUAUUGAAUCAACAUUAAAUCAAAAUGAAAACGAUAAUAAUAAUAAAAAUAGUUUUAGUCAUAUUCUAUCAUCAUUAUUACCAUGUUCAAAUAUUAAAAUUUUUGAUAUUCAUAAUGCAACUUUAGAUAUGAUUUGUUCUGUAAUACCAGUUCUAUUAACUACUUAUAAACAAGUAUCUAUUAUUUUUGCAUGGCAACUUGAUCAAACAUUACUUAAUGAAAAUAAUGAUGAUUUAGCAUUUAAACAAAAUGAAGAACUAAUAUGUGGAACAUUAUCACAUAUUCUUCAAACAAUUCAAAAAUCAUCACCAUAUUUUUAUCCAUUCGUAUAUGUUCUUACAGAUCAUGCUCAAUUUAAUAAUGAUUCGAAUCUUAAUUUAAUUGCAUCGCCAUUUAUUGGUCUUGCACGAAGUUUAAUAACUGAAUAUGAACGAAAUCGAUUAAAACUUAUUGAUCUUCAAACAUCAUUAAAUAAUAAUAAUCAAUCAAAAUUUAUUUAUACUCUAAUAGAAUAUAUGAUUAAUUCAAGAUAUUCAACUGAUACUUGUGAAGUUGUUCUUCGUCUUAAUGAUACAAAUCAAAAUCAAGUUCAACAUUUAACAUGGCAUUAUGAAAUGUUACAAAAAUCUUCUGAUGACGAACAAGAGAAAUCUAAAUUAGAACAAAUUUCUAUUAUUCCUAAACGAGAUGCUGAUGAAAAAGCAUUUCGUAUUUGUGUACCACAAUCUCGUUUUCUAUCUGAAUUAACAUGGAUUGAAGAAGAUAGGGAAAAAGAAUUAUUACCGGGUGUGGUAGAAGUUCGUGUUCAUUGUGUUGGAAUUAAUUUUCGUGAUGUACUCAAAUCACGUGGUCUUUAUCCACAUACGCGUCCUUUUGCACAAUCUGAUGAAAAUCAACCAAAACUUGAUCGAGAUACAGAACCAGGUUCAGAUUUUGUUGGUACUAUUGUACGUGUAGGUCCUACAACAACUAAUUUUCAAGUUGGUGAUCAUGUUGUAGGUGUUACUGGUGAUGGUACAUAUCAUUCUCAUAUUAUUAUUAAUUCACAACUUAUAAUACAUAUUCCAUCUAACUUUCCCCUUACUGAUGAACAAUUAUGUGGUCUACCAUGUCUAAUUUUAACAGUUAUAUAUUCUCUUAAAUAUCGUGUUCAUUUACAAUCUAAUCAAACUGUUCUUAUUCAUGCUGCAACAGGUGCUGCAGGUCAAAUGUGUAUUCAAUAUUGUCAAUAUAUUGGUGCUCGUGUGAUUGCUACAGCUGGAACUGAAGAAAAACGACGUUUUCUUCGUGAACAUUAUGGUAUUGAACAUGUCUUUAAUAGUCGAGAUACGUCUUUUGUUAAUAAUAUACGUGAAAUUCUUCCACAAGGUGUUGAUGUUAUUGUUAAUUCAUUAUCAGGCAAUUUACUAAAAGAAUCAAUAAAAUUAUUAGCAUAUCAUGGUCAUUUUGUUGAAUGGGGUAAACGAGAUAUUUAUGAUAAAAAUUCUUUAUUAAUGUUUCAAUUACGAUCAGACUGUAGUUUUCAUGUGAUUGAUUUUAUUUCACUAGCUGAUCAUGUAUCACCUCUUAUGCGUCUUAUGCUUGAAGAAGCAAUUGAUUUAUUUGUUCAACGUAAAUUACGUGCUGUUGAACCAACAGUAACUUAUGAACCAUCUCAAGUAAUAGAAGCAUUAUUAAGAUGUAAUAGUGGUCAAGUUAUGGGUAAAACAGUUUUUCGUAUAAGUUCAUCUGAUCAACCAUUAACUAUUAAUAAAAAACAAUCUAAUAGUUUAUUAAAAGUUGUAAGUGAUAAUACAAUGUUUCCAUUAGAAGUUUGUAAUCAAGGAACAAUUUUAAUAUCUGGUGGUUUUGGUGGUCUUGGUUUAACAAUGUCUCGAUGGAUGAUUGAACAACGAGGUGUUAAACAUAUAGCACUUAUGAGUCGUCGAACAUUAGUUCAACUUGAACAACCUUCAAAUCCACAAUAUGAUGAUUGGUUAAGAUUAAAACGAACAACAAAAGAAUAUAAUGCUCAUGUUGAUGUUGUUCAAGCAGAUGUAACAAAUUUUCAACAAGUUCAUGAUUUAAUUGAAAGAUUUAAUAAAACUUCUUAUCCUAUUCGUGGUAUUAUUCAUAGUGCUGUUGUUUCAGAAGAUCGUACUUUAGGUAAUUUAACACAAGAACAUUUAUCACUUGUUUUACCACCAAAAGUUCGUGGUGCAUGGUAUCUUCAUCAAGCUACACAACUUCUUCAUGCACCUAUUCAUUUCUUUAUUAUGUUUUCAUCAAUUCGAAAUCAUUUACUUGAAGUUUCAUCUGCUGGUUAUAAUGCUGGUAAUCAAUUUCUUGAUGCACUUGCUCAUUAUCGAUUUACAAAACUUAAUUUACCAGCACUUUCAAUUAGUUUAUUAGCUGUAAGUGGUGCUGAAAUGUUUCAUCAUCAUAAAGAAAUGCUCAGUACUUUAAAAGAGACACAAGGUUUUGAAUUAAUGCCAACACUAACUGUAUUCGAAUUAAUUGAAUGUUUUCAUCAAACUCAAAAGAUUUGUCCAUGUCCUGUUAUUUUUGCUGUUAAUUGGCAAACAUUACAUCGAAAUUAUCCAUCAUUAGCUACAUCUUAUCUAAGAAAAAUAGUUGAUCAACGUUAUAAAGAGAUGAAAUUUGAUCAAAUAGCAUCAUCAUCAUCAUCAGGAAAAAACAAUUCCACUGAGUCUGGUAUGAAUAAAAAAGAAACUAUUAUUGAACGAACUCAAUCAGCUGUUGCACGAUUAUUAGGAGCAGCUAGUGUUGAUCGUACAGAUGUUGAUCGUUCACUUGUUAGUCAAGGUAUGGAUUCAUUAGCUGCUGUUUCAUUAUAUAAUUGGUUAGGUGAAGAAACUGGUAUUUAUAUACCAUUAUCUGCUCUUCUUCAAGGACUUUCAAUUGAGACAAUUGCAACACUUGUUUAUAAUGAACUUAAUGAAAAAGAACAAAAAACAUCAUCACCAGCUACAAAAGAACAUGAUUCAGAUUUUGAUUUAAUUAAUGAAAAUGAAGUUCAGUUUUCUAAUACAUCAAUAUAUACUGGUUUAGAGAAUCUCAUUUGUCUACAUCGUUCGAAUCAAAAUAACACUUCAACUCUUUUUUGUAUUACUCAAAUAUCAAAUGAUAAUAAUAAUGAAGAUUUAUUUACAUUAUUUAUUCAGAAAUCAUCUAAUCAAAAAAAUAAAAUAUUAUCAAAUGAUAUGUAUGCUUUACAAGUAUUAUCAUCUCUUUCUUCAUCCUCUAUAUCUACAUAUGCGUAA